GUUGGACGUAAUUCAUGUCGUGUCUGUCAACCGAAUGUUUGUGUCAUUGAAUACGUAUUGAAUUGAUUUGACUUCAGAUGUGAUUUGAAUUGAGGUUUGCUUUGCAUUGGAGUCCAUCUGACAGUACAUGUGUUGACACUUCACCACCACUUCAUCACCACUUGGGAUCAAUUGACACACAAAUGACUUUAGGGCUCAAUAAAAGCCAUUUCUUCAGUGUCUAUAACAGUAAGAAUGAGCCGAAAAAGAGACGAUUAGAUGAAGUAAUGAAUGGCUUGAGUGAAGACCACUUGCAUCACAUCCAACAGAUCCACAGUUAUGAGACGCCAUCCAAACGGUCGAGAAGUGCACGCUUUGACAACACACCUCAAGACACACCUCAAGACAUCACUAUAAACACGCAUCCAAGGGAUUCGUCGGCAUUCGUGAAGAACCCGAUGUCUGCCAUCAAGAGUAUGUGGAACCGAUUGCGCGGCAAAACAGAUAGUCAUGAGUCGUCAUCAGUGGUGACGAGUAGUAGUGAUAAUGCGAUGAAUCCAAUGAAUCCAAUGCCAUCCCAAAGCCAUACCACGACUCAAACCAAUGUUUAUAACAACAAUCGUGUGAUGAAUACAACGGAACUCUCUUUUCCGGCGCUCUAUUCGAUGAACACAUCAACAGAUCAUUCUUCUGGAGUCGCCUUUCAAGCGGUCGGAACCGAUGUGAAGCGAAAGCAACGCCUCUCCGGCUCUUACAAGUUGGACGAGAAGAGGAAAUACAAGCAGUUAUUGAACUCUCAUUUGGGAACAGGUUUUAGGUUUCAUUUCAAGAGGAGUACCACUAAAAUGAGUUCAGAUAUUGUCGACUUGACGUCAUCGCAGUCUUCACACAGUUUAAGGUCUGAGGAGUUGUCGGCCACUUAUCCGACGCCUAAGUAUAGCCGAGAACUGUUGGACACCAAAGAGAGGACACAUUUAGUCGAAAAGAUUAAAAGUAAGGGAAUCACUGCCGACCCCACCAUCCGAUUGAAUACUAUAAGCACUUCCACACCAUUCGGUGCGAAAGACAUUUCGUUCUCGUUUUCUACGCGCAAACCAUCGCUUAUUAAUGGAAAUGAAACACAAUUCAGUCAUUUGUCACAAUCAUCUCCAACAACACAUCCAAUACCCGAAAGUUCUAAAAGAUUCGGUCAAAUGUUAGAAAACAAUCGAAACUUUUUAGACAAUAAAUGGACUUCAGAUCUGAGGAACAGUUUGAAUGCAGACUCAGCCAGAACUCAGUCCAAGCUAUUAAGAAGUGAACAAAUAGUGUCUCAAUAUAAGGCCAAACGUGAGACAGAUUUCAACGCCUUGAGUCCCAGUCUUCUGAAGCCCAUCAACCGGACAGAACUGAAACCAUUUAUUCCAUACAUUGAGUCCUUCGGUGACAUCGAAGAAGAGGAAGAAGAUGUGGAGGAAGAGAGCGCAGCCGUCUUACCGGCGCUGACGCCUGAAAUGGAUCAGGAGAUCGACAACGCUUUCAAAUCAGGAAAUAAUGUACUUCUUGUGGACGCCUUCUUGUGUCAAAUAUACGGCAAAGACAUUAAGACUCUCUAUGGACUCAAUUGGCUCAACGACGAGAUUAUUAACUUUUAUAUGAGUCUAAUCGUGGAGAGAGGGAAGUGCGACAACUUCCGCACAGUUCACGCGUUUAACACGUUUUUCUAUAAGAAACUGAAGGACAGCGGUCCGCAAGGCCUCAAACGGUGGACCCGUAAGAUCGAUGUGUUCGCCAACGCAUACGUCUUCAUUCCCAUCCAUUUGGGAAUGCAUUGGUGUCUCGCCGUCAUCGAUUUUGUCAAUAAGAGGAUUGAAUACUACGACUCUAUGGGAGGAAAUAACUACGAAUGCGUUGAGUCUCUCAAGGAUUGGCUGCAGAAUGAAAGCGUCGACAAAAAGAAGACGGAAUUCCCGAUGACUGAGUGGACACUGGCUAUGGUGACAGACAUCCCGCAGCAAAUGAAUGGCAGUGACUGUGGUAUGUUUGCCUGUAAGUACGCCGAGUAUAUCGCACGGGACGCCAGAAUCAACUUCAGUCAGGCUCACAUGCCUUACUUCAGGCGACGAAUGGUUUACGAGAUUUUGAACAAACGUGUGAGUGGAGUACCGUUUGGUGUAUUUGUCCCGAAUAUAACUCUUAACUCGAGCCGAACGAACAAAAGACUAGAUGUGAGCGACCGAUGGCCUCAACUUUUGGCCGAACAGCUCAAGUCAAGACACUCGGGUGGUUGGGCUCACUCUCACAGGCCUACCAGCGCUGACCAUAGGGUGCCAAACCGAUAG